GUCCCUUCAAGAAUAGCGCGCCGGCCACCCUCCCCACAGCCUGGAUACACGCACAGCCCAAGAAUCCACGGAUGGACGCGAGCGCUACUGCAGGCGGGAAGCCCAAGUCCGCCGGCAUGGAACUGUGCGCCCUCUACAAGAAGCUCCUGUCCCUGAGCCCGGACCUGCCGUCGGCGCCCCGUGGGGAGCUGGAGGCCGAGCUGGGCUGGGGCUCUCGAAGCCCUUGGAGUCCAAGCCUGGCAGACCUGGAGCCGCCUUCUCCCCCGCGGGCCUCGGCCCCCCUGGCCCCCCGGCUCCCGGGCCGCUCCACCAGCUUGGUGGAAGGCCGCGGCUGGGUGCCUCCGCCGCCCGGCUUUGAGCCCCUGGCACCCAGGGCCGCGCCCUCGGAAGCUGCGCCCGGUUCCGCCUCCCCGGCCGGAGCGGCCUCCCCGUCCAGAUACAAGACGGAGCUGUGCCGGACCUUCUCGGAGAGUGGCAAGUGCCGCUACGGCUCCAAAUGCCAGUUCGCCCACGGGCCCGGAGAGCUGCGGCCGGCCAGCCGCCACCCCAAGUACAAGACGGAGCUCUGCCGCAAAUUCCUGAUCAUGGGCUCUUGCCCAUAUGGGACCCGCUGCCAUUUCAUCCACUACCCCUACGAUGUGCCGGCGGCGUCGGGACACCCGCCCCCGCUCCGCCAGAGUCUCAGCUUUUCCGGGGUGCCCUCUGCCCGUCGCCGAGGCUCUCCUACCCUGAGCCCCCCAGGGCUGCCGGACCUACCCUCGCCCUCGGGCUUCUUCUCCCCUCCUUCCUCUCCGCCCCCACUGUCCACCGCCCCCGCGGAGGUCCCCUUCUCACCCUCUGCCUUCUCGGCUGCUCCUGGCCCAGUGCCCAGGGGAGCCACGGCGGGAGAAACCUGCUGCCCCUCCUGUCGCCAGACGAGCUCAUGGGGGCCCACAAGGGAUGCCCUGAGCCUGGGCCUGGGAUUGGGCCUGGGGCUGGCCCGAAGCUCUUCUGCUCACUCCCUGGGCUCUGAGCCAGACGACCAGGCCAGCAGCGGGGGAAGCAGCCUGGGGGGGUCUGACUCCCCGGUGUUUGAGGUAGCAGUGGGGGGCGCCUUUGCCCCCUCUAACUCUCACCUCCUGGCCCUGUCUUCCCCCAGGCGACUCCCUAUCUUCAAUCGGCUCUCUGUGUCCGACUGAAGACCCCUGUGCCUCCAAACUUAGCUGGGACCGGAAUCAGGAACUUCCUCUCCCCUCCCAUUGCCGACUGCCCAGAUGUGGAAAUCCCUCAUCUGCUUGGCCUUCAGAGAAUUAACCCAUUGCCUAAGUCUCCCAGGGCAGGUCCCUAUGGGGAGCAAAAACUCUUUAAGAGGUGUUCUGGGGGUGGGUUUGUUUUUGUUUUUUUAAUGUAGCAUACUGAAUCUCUCUCUAUAUAUAUACACACAGCGUGUCCCAAAAGUCUUAAUGCAGUCAUAAGCAUUACUAGGUUAAAACUGUACUGUCUUUGAGACACCCUGUUAAGGGGGAGGGAGGUCAGGAUAGGAGAUACCCCUUCUUUCUUCAUGCUGUGAACAGGCUUCCCCAAGUCUCCCCUAGAUGGGGGUCUCCCCAGUCCUGGUGCUCAAACCCUACCUAACCAGACCAAAUCCAAGUCUCCCUGCCUCACUUCCAUGCCCCUUAUUUAUGGUGACGACAUUAUUUAUUCCGACGGGUUUUAUAGUAUUUAUAUAUGCCGUCGUCCCCUCUCCCUUUUGUCUAAUAUUGGGAGAUUGCUGCCACUGUAAUAUAUAUUUGAAAUGUUAUAUAUAUAUAUAUAUAGUUAGCUAAACAAAAAAGAAAUCUAUUUUUGUUUUUGGUGGAGUUUGUCCUUUUUUUAAUUAAAACUAAUACAAUACACAACAGAGGAAUGUGUGUGUGAAAGAUUUUCUUCGUGUCAGUCUCCUGGGAUUCAGGGUAGAGAGAGUUGUCCUGGGACCUAGGGGGCCGGUCUAGCUGGUUCCUGGCUCCUCUGGCCCCAGGAUAGGGCGGUUCCAGGUGAACUCACCCGGGAA